AUCGAUGCGAGAGGGGCACCGGAGGCCCCGUGAUACUACGGUCCUGGUAUCGCUUUAAAAGCCCUCCCCACCGUCGGCCCGCCCCACCACCGGCUGUACCUCGGCUCUCUCCCCUCAGCAACGGCUUGACUGCCCAGCCAGCCAGCCAGUCGAAAUCAGCUGACGACUAUUACUGCGGGCAGUUGCUACCACGGCUCCUCAAACGCAACACUGUUCAGGCGCUGAAGAGCAAGAAGGUCAGGAUGCUGAGCAGCUUGGCAAACUACUUACUUGGAGGUAAUAUCUCCGGCGCACAAGAUUCACGGGAAGGGUCCAAUAACGAAACCCCGGAGUCCCUUCCAGUAAUGGCGAGGCUCAGUCAGAUGGAGGUUGAGGGCGAUGACUGGAUCCUCAUUGACCGUACUGUUGAGGGCACAACGGCGCUGGAGGAGUCGUGGUAUGUAACGCCACCCGCAUGUUUCACACGGGCGGGUCCCGUGAACGUAGAAACAUCACCGCUAGAGGACCUGCUGAUAGAGCAUCCCAGCAUGUCCGUUUACCGAGCCACAGCGUCUCCAGUCGCCCCUGAAACUCCACCGCCGACGCCGGACGCGCCGGAAGAGUGGGACGUCGAGGAGGACGUUCCCCCUAGCGUGGUUUCCGGCGCAACAGCCGCGAUAGCAGCAGCAGCUUCGCCGGAACGUAGUCCUAGAAGAAGCGUGGAAGAGCAACCAGCAAUCCAGCAACCAGCAAUCCGUAGACCAGCCUUGCACGAUGGGAGACCUGUCGUCGAACGUGUCCGUACCGAGAAGAGGAUAGUUCAGCUUCGAGCGGCGCAGAAGGUUCUCGAGAAGAGGUCUACCCAAGCGCUGAAGAGAGGUCGUCUGGAGAGGAGUAACAAGCUGAGGGAGGUGUUCAGUGUAAAAGGCAAGCGGCCACGUCGCCAGGACCGCUUGCGUAUUCAGAACAGUGGCGCAAACAACAACCGGAAAUGCUAGUCAUUCGAUCUCAGGCCAAGGUGUACUCAAAUACCUUCUUCCUAAACGCGAACGGGCGACGCGACACGCAUAUACAGAAGUCACAUGCAUAAAUCUGAAAACUGGGAAAAAAGAGAAAAAAAGAAGGAAGGGAAGAAUGGAAGCCGCCAAGGAGAAAAUGAGGAAGAAACGACGAGGAGAUAAUGUGGUUCACUCUAAAACCCCUAUCGCGUUCUAGUUCGUUGGCACGUAAUCACACGCAUAAAGCAACAAACUGUUAUGGGUGUCCUCUUUCAUCGCGUUUUAUUAGUUGAGCCGCUUCUUCGCGUACAAAACGCUCGAAGAAUUUUCUCUCCGAUUUGUACCAAGGGGAAAAGAAAAGAACAAACGACGAUGUCUCUUCAAGCUCGACACGAAUUUUGCCGAUGAAGAGGAAAAUGCAUUGUCCGAAGUGGUAGGAGGAAAUACAGGAAGAAAGUAUGAGAAACGUAGCCAAUUGGUCCGUGGUGAGAGUCCCGUGUAGAAUAUCUCGUGUAUAAUGGCGCGUGUAUGGUACUCAGUUGGAUCGUGUGUAUACUUUUUAGCCUCCAUUUAGUAUGGGCAAAUGUGUUUCUAUUCGUACGUUUAACGUUAGUUUUUAUUUAAGUUGUUCACCCAAUACCCGCACCUGUGUAGCGGCCAGGAGCGUAACAUUUAGCGUAAUAAUCCGUCACGAUGAUUGUUUCCACCCCAGGAACGCGCGGACGAGCCGCCAUUAUGCUUUUACGGAUCUGUCCACGCUUAGUUUGCGCAACAAUCGAUUCAUACUGACCGGACUUAAGGCCAGAAACUCACUUCGGGACCAUGCCUUCUAGGUUCGCGUUGCGAUUCAAUUCACGCUAGACUUUACGUAAACAUAGAUGGGCUGUUAGAACGAUGACGAAGUGGAGAAAGCCACGAACGCGUAUAGGUCAUGUGCGAGCUUUCAGAUGGCUCUAAAAUAAAAGCUGAUAGUCGUAGAACGUCCAUUGAUAUACGUUUACUUGGUCUCCACGUGGCGUCUUCUUCUCUUGUAAGCGCAAGUGUCAUGGCGUACCCUCUAAGCAAUAAAACGCUAUCAAUCAGAGACUGUUGAUAUAACGGCUAUCGAUGAACGUUCGAAAAUAAAUGUAUUUAUUUAGCGGCACACAUGGUAUGGUACUAUCAAUUGAAUAUCGAUUAAACUAUUAAACGUAAUGUUAGGUAAUGCGAAGACGAGGAUGACACGCGUGUUCUUUGUGAACGAAGCGAUAGAAAGCAAAAGCAAAUAGCGAAAAUCCCUGUUUCCUCUCCCUUGUCGCCUUAACGAGGACUAUCAAAGCCAUGUCGCGAAUUAUUGGCCUGCCGUCUGCGUAAAUGAACCCAUGCCGACGGGUGGAGGUGGUCCGUGGUUGAUUCGUAGAGGGAGAGGGGGCUGUAAACAAGAUUCCAGCUGGAGAAUCGGUUUCUAUAUACCUGAUGCGCGUUGUAGCGCGUCGACGUUUCAAAGUAUUCGCUUUUUCGAGGAUGAGUGAAAGGAUUGGAAGAAGAUGUUAGUGCAAGCUGCCCUGGUCAUACCGAGGCGGGGAUUUCAUUCACACACUCGAUUGGUUGACCACGACGCAGUGUGAUUUGUGCGACACUCGAGCCUCACUCCUUGAGAAUACUUGUACUUGGACGACUGAUAACCCCAGAAGGAUUUUAACCAAAAAUUCAGGACUCCUAAGGGUGCUCAGAGUGGACUGUUGUCUGGUGUUCUCUGGUAAUUUUGAAAGAAACCCAAGAAAUCCUAAGCUGUUAUUUGGUAUCAGGCUGGGUUAAAAGUGGCAGAGUAUGACUGUCUGCUUAAAAAUGACAGAGUCUGGUUUCAAUCGUGCUACGCGAUGUUGCAAAGAAGAAAUCAGAGUUCUGGUACAAGUGUCCUUACGGUCGGGAUGGUGAAGUAGCUCAAGAAGAGAUUGGUGUCGCCCGAAUUGGACUUUUUAUAAACUCAGACCCAUGUCUUUGUAGACGCCAAGAAACAUGUUCGUCAAGCGACGCGAAAUUGUGCAAUACCGAGCCCCAUCGUGACGAAUAAUUCCCCUCAGAUGAUUUCUUCUAUGAAGAAAACGGCGACGCCAUAUUCAAUUCGACAGCAAUCUCUUUGGGAGAAGAAAUCAGUUCAGACGCACUGCUGGUGCUAGGUCAGGACAGCUACAGCCUGAUGCGUUUUUUCAAGAGUUGCUUCACCAGGGCCACUGAAGCUGGAUAUCGUCCAAAAACUAGUAUCAAUAGACACGUCCAAUCAAACUAUUGGAUGAUAGUUAACAUACAGUUGUAAUUCAAACUGAAUUUGACCUCGGACGACCCUCUCCUCCGCAAGGAGAAUAGCUAAUCGUGUUUCAAGCAGGAAACUUUCCUCCUCUGUGAUUUUAGAUUCGCGAAUUUUUCUAAAAAAGAAAAGAAAAAAAAAGACAAAAGUAUAGAGAACGUAAUAAAAUGUGGAAGGAACCUUCGUUAUUCUCGAUCCUUCUCGAAAUUUUCGACCCGGGGCGCUGUAGGCGCCACCUGGCUAGCUCCGAUAGUACUUAACGAUCCACGUGACCCGGAAUAACCUAGGUUCCCCUAUACGAUCUUCGUUUAACUGACUUUUUGGCAUUAUGCAAGAAGAAAUCGACGAGAGGACCGCACAGGAAUCGUUAAAUCAGUCCGUUUUUAAAUAACACUUCUGUAAAUAAGAAAACGAGUGUCGUAAAUGAUAAAAGGGCUACGUUCCCAUCGGAUGCCGAGUUUGCCAAGCCGCACAAACUAUAGUCCGAAGGAUGAGAGAUUGUUAGGGGUGUUCCUUGCUCUUGUAACGCGCGGUUAAUUCAUGUGUACACGUAUUGUAUAACGUUUACCUUUCUCUCGUAAGGAGCAGUGUUCAUCCUGAACUUAUUAUUGCUGUGUAAUAAUUAUAUUAGAGAUGAAAAAAUGACAAAAAAAGAACAAAAAGAUUGAAGAAAAUUGAGGAGGACAAUGAAACAAGGUGAUGUAGCGUUUGUAUGACGCGACUUGAGUCGACACAUUGUGAUCCGGAUCUUUCGUUCCGUAUUGUUUGAAUCUUUCGUUGUAAAAUGAUCGACUUGUAUUAUUUGAAUGUAUGCUCGUACACCUUGACCCUAUAACGAUGAUUAAUAAAAUAUUUUAUGUCA